CUAUAUCCUCGCCCAUUCGCCUACACAGGUCACCACGGUCCUUUGUACUGUCUCUCUUCCUCUCUCUUUCUCUUCGCCCUCGUCGUCGCUGUGGGAUCGCCAAAUAAGAGCCACCUGGUCGCGUCUACCACAUCCAUUCUCUCAUCAAACGCCCAUCCAUACGCGCGCGCGCGCUCAGGUCCAGCGCAAUCAAUAAAGGGCUGUUGACUGGUCCCCUAACAUUCCGCCCACGCUAUGAUGGGCCUGCUUCGUCGCAAGCCAUCGGCUGCCGAGGGCCUCAAUGGCAAAGCCCAGGGAUCGUCACCGCCGCCAUCGAACGAUGAACUCCUCCAACAACGCAAGCGCAACCCAGCUCCGCUGCCCGAUUUGCGCCUCUCCGGCUUCGACAUCGACAAAAUGAUGGGGGCUGCGGGCCUGAAUGGGCGGUCUUCGCCCUCGCCAUUGGUUACUACUGAUGAUGAAGACUUACCUGCUGGAGUGCAGAGAGACUACAUCACCACGAAGGGUGGUAGCAGCGCAAGCAGAUCAGCAGCACAUACAUCAAUGCGCCCUUCCAACCCUCCCUCUGCCUACAGGGGCCCCGCCUCAUCGGUCUCGUCGAGUGGCGCCUCGUCGUCUUCCACUCGCCAGCCUCAUCCUCCCUCCGCUCGACCGCUGUCAAAGCAGAUGCCGCGCAUGGCAUCCACUCCGCAACUCCAACCGCCUCGCAACGCCGAACCGAUGCCCGUCAGCAGGACAGGACCGUUGAAUGCUCGCCGCUCGGCCACCCUCAGCUCAGACGACCUGCCAGGCUCUUCUGCCCAAUCGUACCGUCGCGGACCUCCUUCGUCCGCCGAGAGCUACCUCACCGCAGACAGAGACCAAAAUCGGACACGAUCACAGCGCCCGACCUCUCCACGCUCUCCUCAACAGACGCCUCGCUCCCCUCAAACUACGCAUCGCUCUCCACAGCCGGCCCAUCACAGCCCGCGCUCCCCUCCCGCCCCAGGCGCUGGCCUGAUGGGAAAAAUCGGCCGCGCUCUCAAGAUGGAGAGUGAAGAAGAGCGCCGAGCUCGCGAGUGGGAAGAGGCACGCGAGCAGCAGAACCAAUCGGAUCGCAAGGAGAGAUACGCUAUCAAGGCUCUACAAGCGCAGGAGGAGGCUAGGCGCAAGCGCGAGGCGGAGGAUGAAGUCAAGAGGAAGCAAGCCGCAGCUGCCCGGGCAGAGCGUGAACGUCGCUCCCGAGAGGCAGAGGCGGAGAGGUUGCGAGAGGAGGAGCGCAAGCGUAAGGCCGAGAUUCUGCGCAAGCAUGAAGAGGACAGGAGACGCAAGAUCGCAGAGGAGGAGGCUCGUAUCCAGCGUGAGAUCACUGCCAAGCGCAAGGCGGAGCAAGCCGAGCGAGCCCGUAUGAAGGCCAAGGAGGAUGCUGAGAAGGCGCGCUUGAAGGCAAUCGAAGACGCAGAGAAGGCUCGUCUUCAGGCUAUUGAGGAUGAGAAGCGAGCUGUGGAGGAGGCCAAGCAGCGGUACGUGCAAGCGUUCGCAGAUGGACAUGCUGCCAUUGCCGAAGAAGACCGAUCGCACGUUGAGCGGGCACAAAAGGCUGCCGACGCUCGCGCCGAAUGGUAUCGCGAGCAGAUUGGGAUCAAAGCUCAGCAGCAGCAAGGGCAGCAGCAGCAGACGUCUUCCGACUCUGGCGUCAGUCUACCCAGUAGCGGAGACGCCAAUGAUGACCAGACCCAAGCCAUUGGCCCCGCGCCUGUGCGACCGCCGAGGAGGGCGAUGACGGAGGGUCCCACAGUGCAAGGCGCUUUCGACAUGGGCGUUCAGCGCUCGGCCAGUCAAGGGCAAGGUCCUCCUUCCCACGCCGGUCCACCUCCGCAGUCGCACGGCGUCCGUUUCGAAGACUCGCCCGAGCACAUCUCCACGCCGAUGCCCCGCGAACGCAUGCCAGCUCUUCGCUUCACCUCCGCCUUGACAGUGGGCGCGCGCAAUACCACCUCGGCUACUCCUCGCCACACACUCAGCCUCGCACCGGCAAUCAGGACUCCUUGGGGUACUGGUCUACCCUCUUUUGAGUCAACUCCUGCGCAAUUGGCUGAGAUUGCUCAUCAAGCUGCGGUGGCCGAUACGAGCGACCCGACACGGCCCGUUGCAGGACAGGGCUGGAGGAGCCACGGAUUUGGAGAUCCGCGCAAGAUUAGCUCGCACUAUCGCGUUAUCCACGUCGACGAUGUGCGCCUCACGAAGCGCAAGAUUCAGCCCACUAAGCGCGAAAGUGUCUGCGAAAGCCAGAUGGCCAGUUCGACCUCCCGCGAUUCAAAGAGCAUCGCCGACGAGAUUGAUGCAGCAUUCGGCGGCGACGACACAGGCGACGACGCUGACAACGAGAGCGAGGCCCACUCCGAGUACGAGGAAGUGUGGGAGGAGUAUACGCACGAGGUCUUGCAGUUCGACCUCUUCGAGCAAGUCUUCACACGUACCACGCCUGAUGUGCUCGACCGCAUCGUUGCACACCUCGAUUGCGCAGAUGUGAAAGCGCUGCGCCAGACGAACAAGGAGGUUCGCUUUGCCCUCGACCACUUGGAGGGACGCGAGAUCGUUCUGCGCCGCUUCCUCUCGCCGAUUGGAUACAAGUCGUGGAAGUCGGCUGCGCAAGAGAAGGAUCCCCUGCCGCUCUCUUUCGCCGACGUCGAGGCUUUCGUACUGGCCGCCGAGAUCAGCCCGGAGUACGCGCAAGUGAGCGUCGAUUGGCUUCGCCACCCCCACGAGAUGGAUGCGCGGAUGCCACGGCUAGCUCGCGCUUCCACUCGCUCUUACUCCCGUGUGCUCAGCCGCCUGCGCAACCAACCGGGCUACCGCGUGCCCGCCGCAGCAGUCGCAGCCGCUCUCAGCCCACGCAGCUCCAGCCCUGCCAGUCCCAGCACCACCUCUUCGCCACGCCACAACUCUCGCCUCCCUUUCUCCCCUCACCUCUCGCCGAAUCUCUCUGCACCAAAUGCGCCUCAGUCCCAGCUGGCCUCACCUUGGAAGCCAGGCCGUGCAGCUCUGCACCGGGUCUGGGUGCCCACCAGCAACUCCAUUUGGCAGACUGACGCCGAAGUGGCCCGCUGCGAGCGCGAGCUCUUCCUCGCAGGCUGCUGGUCUUUUCUUAAGCGGGGAGACAUCGUGCACAACGUCGCCAUGGGUGAUGACGGCAGCAACGUCGGGCGCAUGAUCUUCGACGGGCAGUAUCUGCGCGACUUGUCCUACAACUUCGAUCGGGCUGGGCAUCUGCCUAGCUGGUUGAACAUGUUCCUCUACUCGCCGGGCUACUACCAUAAUGUGGUGCGAGCGUCGAACUCUAAUCCUGUGGUUUACCUGGAUAUUCUGCCCUGGAGAGAGCAGAUCAUGUCUUCGCUCCGACUCGUGCAAGACCAGGUCGAGACCACGUCCGCUGCGGGUGCACGAUACCGUAUCGCCAAGUGGCUGUAUCGUUCUGUGGCGCACGUCAAGGCCGGCCAGAUCAUCAGCGACGAAGGAGUCGUUUGCGCCGACGAGGGAUGGGAGGGACGCAUCGUCUUUGAGACGGAAGGUACGUCGGAGCAUGCCAAGGACCUCGUAGCUAGAUGUGCAGGCCCUUUGGCCACCCCGCAAGCCCGAGCUCAACUGCUCGCAACUGUGCUCGGUGGCGCAGCAGCGGCGAAUGGAGCGGGCGCUGCCGCCGGCGCCGUGCUCAAGAAUCCUGCGGUACGCGACUCGCGCACGGGCAAGCGCGUCGAGGCACAGACGCCCUUCGCUGUGCUCAGGGACAGGUCGCGCCCUGGCUUGAUCUGGUUGAGGCCCGUCAUGCCACGAGAGAGUGUUCGACCCGAGCCCCAGCAGCAGCAACACCAGCACCAGCAAAUGAGCCCACCUCAGCAGUGGCAGCGAGGUCCAUCUCAACACGCCGCCAUGCAACGCCCACCGUCAGCCAACGGUCCUCUCGCAGCGCGCCCCUCUCCUUCGCAACAAGGACAAGCCGCAGCGCGCCAGUCUCAGCAACGCCUCAUGACCCCACCGCACCAGCAGAUGCAGAUGCAGAUGCAGCCUCAAGAUCAGCAACAGCAGCGCGUUUCCCCUGGUAGGGCAGCGCGUUGACGACUCAAAGCCCCGAACAUGGACUUAUUUCCGAAUCCCUCUCAUCUACCCACUCCCUCCCGUUCCACUCUCGUCUUUCUGUAUCUUUCCCCUCUCCCGCUCCUCGCUCACGCGCUCUCAGUCGCCGCCGUCGUUCGUCCUCGUACUCUGUUUUUCUUACUCGCAUCAGCAGCCGGCCAGAGGCUUGUGUUCAAUUCAUGCAUCCUUGCACCCACGGAGACUCGCC